AUGAACACAUUAAUAUUAUCUGGAAUAAAAUCCAACCUUGAAAUUAUAAAUAAUUUAGUAUAUAAACAUUUGGUUAAUACAAAAUAUCGCAAUUAUGGAGUUUCUGGGAGCUAUGGAGCCAGUAUUUACGGCGUUCAAAACACAGCCACCAACUCAAGGCUCGUGAAGUUACCUCCUCAGAAGCCUAAACCAACUAUAAGCAUAAAUCCCCGCCUACAUGUCUCUAGGUGGCCAGGAAAUAUUAGGUCUCUGAGGUCGAAUUAUUUUUUCAGAGACAACCAGAAGACUAAUACUGGAUAUUAUCAAAUGUUAAUAAAAGAAGGCGAUGAGGUGAAAAAAGAUCUCUGUUUCGUAUCAAAUAUAGAGAAGAAUUUAACUUGUACUAGGACAAUUGAGUCCUGUCUAUCAGAACAAACGAGAGGCUUUGUAGGUCAGGUUCUCCUUCACGGAAGAGGAGUUAAGGCAUAUUUUGAGCCUGAAUUUCCACACUUAAUGUUCAGAUUAGGCGUAGGUUCAAAGUGUAUCGACGCCACUAGAAUUUGUACUAUGUACUCUAAAUACGUCAGGGUGGAAGUUGACAGAACUGGUGAGUCCAUAGUAUUUACAUACUUUAGAGCUCAACUUAUUAAUGCUUAG